AUGGGCAAGCCGGAUUCGCUGACCCCGAAGGCCAUCGCCAACCGGAUGAAAUCCAAGGGGCUUCAGAAGCUGCGCUGGUACUGCCAGAUGUGCCAGAAGCAGUGCCGGGACGAGAACGGCUUCAAGUGUCACUGCAUGUCCGAAUCGCACCACCGACAGCUCCUGCUGGCCGCAGAACAGCCUCAGCAGUUCGUGGAUUCUUUCUCGGAGGAAUUUCGAGACGGCUUUCUCGGGCUGCUCCGGAGACGCUUUGGCACCGAGAGGGUCCACAACAACGUCGCCUACAACGAGUACAUCCGCCAGAGGGACCACCUCCACAUGAAUGCCACCCGCUGGGAGACGCUCACCGACUUCACCAAAUGGCUGGGCAGGGAAGGACUGUGCAAAGUGGAGGAGACCCCCAAAGGCUGGUAUAUUCGGUAUAUUGACAGGGACCCAAGAGCAGUCCUGCGGCAGCUGCAACUAAAGAAAAAGCAGCGUCUUGACCAGGAGGAGGAAACAGCCAGAUACAUUGAAGAACAAGUGAGAAGAGGUCUGGCGGGAAAAGAGCAGGAGGGCCCCGUUUUUACCGAAUUAAGCAGAGAGAAUGAAGAAAGAGUCACCUUUGAUUUCAAUAAGGGAGCGGGCAGCUCAGCGGUGAUCACCUCCAAAAUCAGCCCUUUGGGACCAAGUGCAUUGGCCACACUAGGGCCUGUGGCAUCCCUCAAGCGGAAACAAUCUUCGCAGAGCUCAGCUGUGCCCAAGAAGAAGUCUGCCCUGGAAGAAAUCAUGGAGAUUGAAAUGAAGAGUUCCCGGACAGCUUACUGGCUACAGCCGGAAAUCAUUGUGAAAAUCAUCACCAAAAAGCUGGGCGAUAAAUACUACAAGAAGAAGGGUGUUGUAAAAGAAGUGAUUGACGGGUCCACAGCUGUGGUGAAGAUGAUGCACUCCGGGGAUAAGCUGAAACUGGACCAGACUCACUUGGAAACGGUCAUUCCUGCGCCAGGAAAGAGAAUUCUAAUUUUAAACGGAAGCUACAGAGGAAAUGAAGGUACCCUGGAAUCCAUAAAUGAGAAGGCAUUUUCAGCUGCUGUGGUCAUUGAAACCGGCCCUUUCAAAGGACACAGAGUUGAAGGAAUUCAAUAUGAAGACCUUUCUAAGCUUGCCUAA